CGACUGCCCAUCGACAUUCACCGUGUGGCUUCACGCACACAUCUUACAAUUUCGCAUUUGACGAUCUUCUUUGCUUGGAGAGAGUUCGCUUCCGACGACGCUCGUUCUAUUUUACUGCUUGACUGCACUCCUCUGAAGACUAAUAGGUGGAGCGUCGUCUUCUGCAAUAAAGGGAAAUGAUAAACAAUGCAAUUAAUUAUUGACUCUGAGCCCGCUCUAGCCCUAGAAAAAGAUAUGUCUGCGAUUGAAGAUAUUGGGAAAGUUGGUAAUGGAAAUAUUGAGCAACUUUGUGAGAAGAACUGCAACGGAAACAAAGAAAAUAUUGGUGAGGGUAACACAAAUACAAACGAUCAGAUUAACAAACAAAAUAAUGAUACGGAUGUUGAGCCCGAGGCACAAAUUGAAAUAAAAUCGUUUAAUACUGAACUGGAAAAUGGUAAUGGGCUCAAAUGUAAAGAAACUAAAAGUAACUCUGCAUUAAAUGACCAGGAAACAAAAGAAUCUCAAAGCAACAAUUGUAAUGGAAAAAGUGAGAGCAGCAUUGUCAGUACUGAGGAAUCAAUAAAGAAAAACCAGGAAGUAAUUGACUGUGAAAGUGAUGUAAGUAAAGUAAACAAUACAGACCAAAAUAAUGAUUCUGCUGAAGAAUUAACGAUUAUUAAUAAUGAAACAUCAACUGUGAUAGAACAAACAAUUAGUGAGGAAUUAGCAUCUGCUAAUAGUAUUGAAAAAACAAUUGAUAAUAUUAAAGCAGCAACUAAUAAUAUUGAAAUGGCAACUGACAAUGUUGAAGUAGCAAGUGACACAACAGAAGGUACUGAAGCAGUUACUAACACGAUAAAUGUAAAUAAAUCUGAAUCUGAUACAGAUAAAACAGUAGAUACAGAAGUACCAUUAUCUAGUCCCAAAGAUGAUGUUGAAGUCAUUGAAGAAAGUGCAGAAUCUGAAAAUGCCAAUAAAAGUAACGAAAAACUGGAAUUGCCAGAAAAUGACAAAAAAGAUGAUGAAAGCACAAUGACGGUGGAUAUAACAGAUGCAGAACCCAUUGCAGUUAUUCUCGGCAAUGAACCGCCAAUCGAUCAAGAUGACAUGGAUGUAGAAGUUAUUGAAGAAACAAAAGGUAAUGAUCAAAAUUCUGAAAAACAAAAUAAAGAUACACCAAGCACGCCUAGCAAUAUUGAAGAACAACCUAUUGUAUGUAAAUUAUCUAAUACACUUGAUAUAUUAUCUGAUGAUGAGGAGGAAGCUCCUAAAGAAGAGCCUACUAAGGCAGUAGAAUCUAGUGAAAAACAAUGCAUUAAUAUAGAGGAUGAUGAUGAUAUCAUGCUUAUUGAUGAAGACACAAGUAAGACUGAAACACCUCCGACUGUAAAUAGUAGUAUUAAGGAGAACGACCCUGAUAAACCUGAUGUUAAAAUAGAUUCUGAAACUGGUGAAAAACCUCUUGAAGAACAUGACUUAUUCGCAAAAAGCGAAUCACAAGAAUCGAAACCUAUGGAAGAUGUAAAGUCUACAAAUAUCGAAAUCGACAUAAGUGAAAAGCAACAAGAAGAAAAAAAUCUGAAAAUUGAACCGGUCCUACCCCUUAUACCGGAUAACUUUCUAACAUCUGCAAAAAAGAAUAUUGCUGAUAUGACAAGGGAAGACUUGGAAGAAUUCUGUAUAUUAAAAAUAGUAGAGAGUAUUGUAGACAGAAGCAGCUUAAGUGACAUUAAAUUGAAACUGAAAUCUGUUGCUCAAGGUGUCGAAGAGUACAGAAAAAAAAUCACUAUGCUCACUAAGCAAAAUCUAGAUCUGCAAGUGGUUUUAAAAUCUAUUCAGGAGGAACAGAAAAAGGCAAAACCUGACAUGCCUAUUACGCCUCUUAAAAUAACUCGAUCUGUUGGCAUGCAAGUGUUUAUGGAAAAAUCUGGACAGCGAAGAAAAAAUCUUCCACAGCAACAACAAACUCAAAAUCCUAAUGGUACCUCGCCAGUGAUGAACCGACCAACUGGAAAGGCAACUGCACCAGCAAACGCAAAUAGUCUUCGACUUCAGAAACCAGCACUGCCUAAUAAUAUGCAGAACAUUCCAGUACCUAGGCUUGUGCCAGCCAAUAAUCCUGCUAUAAAAUCUCCGAGUUCUAUACCUCUAGUCAAUCAAACAACUCCAGGUAAAGCUGGCAGUCCCUUGCCAAAUGGAGUAAAGAAUCCAUCACCUCAAAAAGUUGGUGAAAAAAGACAACACAAUAGAGUAAUGGCUGUGACAGUAGACUUAACUGAUGAUGAGCCACCAGCAAAAGUGAACAAUCGCACAUCACCAGCACCUCCGGUUAGAGUAGUUCCAUCUCAAAAUCUUAUGGCUGCCCCAAGACAAUCAUUUCCAGUGAGUGCUACUAAUAGUCCAAGGAAGGUUUACAUUCCUAUUAGUGGCCAGCAGAAUCAAAAUAUAAGGCCCGGACAAACUAUUAUGUUGAAGACUGUUCCUUCACCAGUUUUAAGGCCAAAGGGUCCUAGUCCUCAAGUUGCAAGAAUACCAAGUAGUUCGAUUAGAAUGACUAGCAAUGUAAGGCCACAAACAUCUGGAAGACAUCCAGCUCCCCUACCUGAUGUGGUGAAGCAAUAUCAGCCACCAAAUUGGAAAGCAUUACCACCAGCACCAGAAAUCAAAUUGUCUAAAGUGGAGAAUGGAAUAGUCAUAUCUUGGAAAAUUGAGAGCUACCAAGAAGACUGUCAUGAAGAGAUUGCAAGCUACCAAUUGUAUGCAUACCAAGAAACAUCUUGUCCCCCAAGUACCACAUUAUGGAAGAAGAUUGGAGAUGUUAAGGCAUUGCCUUUACCUAUGGCAUGUACUUUGACACAAUUCAUGGCUGGAUUCAAGUACUACUUUGCUGUUAGAGCCGUAGAUAUCAGAUCUCGACUGGGCCCAUUCAGUUUACCUGGGAGCAUACUCCUACUGAAUAAAUUGUAAGACUGAUGUUGUGAAUGGACCAUGCUGAAACCUGCAAUGUCAUACAUUGUUGAGUUUUUACAUGUGAGUGUAUCUAAUAGUGUUGUGUUUGUUUUAGUUAAUUAUUUAUUAAAUAUAAUUUGUGGCAAUAGUUGAAAACUUUAUGAAAAAUGACUUUUCUGUCGUGAAUUAACUUCUCCUUACUAGUGCUAUUGUUACGAUACCAGACAAAUUUUGAGCCGUAAUUCGGUUUAUGUACAUGGUAGUUAUUAUAUGACAAGCUUGAAGCGUGUGGGUUCUGUUCACAUUUUUAUCUGUGAUGUAACAUUUUUGUUAUGAUUUUCUUCUUCCUUCUUACAAUUGAGUAUAAAGUUGAGUUUACAUUUAUGAGCCUAUUAUAAAUGUUCUAAUGAUUGAUUGAUUUUUUAGCAAAUAAAGCUAAUAAGAAUUUAGCAUGCAAGUUGAUUAAAUUGUAAAGGUGUUACUUUGAAAUUUGUCAUAACUAUUUACAGGUAUGUAUAUUCCGAAGUAGGUAUUAAAUUCAAAUUGUAAAUCGUAAUCUAGGUACAUUACUGCCUGUAUAGAAUGUGGAUAUUUCGGAUUCCUACUUGUGAUUACAGAUUUAAAAUUUA